UGACGUUUUCUCCGGCAUGGUGUCCCGUGUGCGCUACACAUGCCGACUGUUUUUAAUUUGAAACGAGUUGUGUUGUAUCUUGAUUCAAGCGAGGAAUGCGUGUUUGAUUUGUGAUCUCCGAGUUCUUUUCGUGUGGCCCGACAGAUCCGCCCAUUGCUACCUCUCGAAGGAAGGAAGGAGUUUGUGAGGAAACUAGUCUUGUAACUCCCAAGACACCAUGGUGCGAGCACGGAGAACGGUGCGAAAGCCGAAGUCUACGAAGGAGCAACAAUAUGACAGCGAUGACCCUGACGCGCACCGGGACAUGGAGGCCCCAGACAAGCGCUCCACCAGGUACAUGGAGGAUAAAGUCGAUGAAUUCCACAACGCCAAGAUCUCGAGACUCCUGGCUGAUGGCGUGCAGGAGGACAGUGAGCAGGAGGAGCUCGAUGAUGAGGAGGAGGUGAUGCCUUUAGAUGUGCCGGAGUCCGAGGAGGAGGAGGAGGAGGAGGAAGAGGAGGAGGAAGAGGACAUGGACAGUGACCUGGAGGGGAAGAAGGAUGAUGAUCUGCCCAGUGACAUGGCGUGGGGACACAGGAAGAAGAUGUUCUACGACACGGAUUACGUCAGCACCAAGGGUCGGUCCAGGGAGGAGGUGGCGGCGGAGGACCAGGAGGAGGAGGAGGAGGCCAAGAACAUCCAGAGACGCCUCGCAGCCAACCUCAGCGAGGAGGACUACGACCUCAACCUACUGCAGGAGUUUGCGGUGGAGGCGGAGCAGGAGAAGCCGGUGGAGAAGGAGCAGCGAAUCGUGAAGGACCUGAAGAUGAUGUCACAGAAGGAGAAGCUCAAACUGCUCAAGAAGGAGUCGCCAGAACUGCUGGAGCUCAUCCGCGACUUCAAGGCCAAGCUGAUGGAGCUGAAGGAGGAGGUGCAGCCGCUGGUGGAGAUGGUCCAAGAUGGCCGCAUCCCUGCUGGGAAGGGUGCUGACUACCUCCUCACCAAGCAGCAGCUCUACCUGCACUACUGCACCAACAUCAGCUUCUACCUGGUGCUGAAGGCCAAGCGCAUCCCUGCACACAACCACCCAGUUAUCGAGAGGCUCGUCACCUACAGAAACCUGAUAAAUGAGCUGGUUGCCGUGGAUACCAGGCUCGCCCCCCAACUGCGCCAGCUGCUCUCAGGAACCAAGAAGCCUUCAGGAGCCACAUCUGCUACACACACCCAGCAGUCUGAGGCGGUGGGAGCAGAGCAGGAGGCGGACGUGUCGGACUCUGAUCUGGACGAGGAGGCAGCGCUGCAGUUCUACAGGGGUCUGGAGGAGGGACUCAAGCGCAAGCGCGGCGCCACAGCGCCCUCUACCUCUCAGGGGGCUGCGGAGGAUGAGGAGGCUGAAGAUGAAGGCUUGGAAGGAGAUGCCAAGAGACGCAUUACUUACCAGAUGGCCAAGAACAAAGGACUCACCCCCAAGAGGAAGAAGAUCGACCGCAACCCUCGCGUCAAACACCGCGAGAAGUUCAGGAAGGCUCAAGUCCGCAGAAAGGGACAGGUCCAGCAGGUCCAGAGGGAGAUGACCCGCUACAGCGGAGAGAUGUCUGGAAUCCGGGCCGGCGUCAAGAAGAGCAUCAAACUCAAGUAGCCCAUCAGAACCAGACAUGGAGACUCCUCUGUGUGUGUGUGUGUGUGUGUGUGUGUGUGUGUGUGUGUGUGUGUGUGUGUGUGUGUGUGUGUGUGUGCGCGUGCGUGUGUGUGUGCGCGUGCGUGUGUGUGUGCGCGUGCGUGUGUGUGUGUGUGCGUGUGUGUGUGUGUGUGUGUGUGUGUGUGUGUGUGUGUGUGUGUGUGUGUGUGUUAAUGUUUACUGCGUGCGUGCGUUUGUUUACUGUGUGAACUUUGACCCCACCCUUUGUCUGCUCAGCUGUGUAUUGCGUGUUGAGCUGCAGUUGGGUUCUCUGUAGUGAUUGGACCAUAAAGACCACGUGACCACCA